UGCGUUUACCGAGACAGCAGAAAUCAUCGCUUCUACUCUUCCACCUCUGCAUGUGAAUGCAAUGGAUCCGUGAGAAAUAUCGUUUGACUCAGCCAUGGCCCAGGUGGAGAAGAAGGCAGGGCUGCUGAGGAGGUCCUCGGCCUCCAAGAAGCCGCUGAAGGAGAAGGUGGUGCUGAUGUACGAUGAGAUCUUCGCGAAAGAAGACCCUGCCAAGAACAAUCCCCGCUUCUGGGAGGAACUCUUUCUAAUGAAGGUGAAUCUGGAGUACCUGGAGGGCAAGCUGGAGUCUCUGGACGGAGACGAAGUUAUGAAGAUCAAGGACAACAUCAACAGCCUCUUCCACCACUGCAUCCAGGCCCUCAGUGAGGAGCACCAGAUUAAAGUGGUCAAUGCCUUACAGACUCUGUGCGCUCUGUUUCGCGGUGUUCACCAGAAGAACAAGUCGACGUCGGGCUUUGACAUCAUCAACAUGCUGAUGGGGUUCGAUAAGGCCGAGCUGCGCAUGAAGGACCUGAUGGAGAGUUUGGAUGGGCUGCUGUGUGGGGAGGGGUCAGAGAGUCUGAAGAGUCUGUGUCUCAAGCUGCUGCUCUGCCUGGUGACGGUGACCGAUAACAUCAGCCAGAACACCAUCCUGGAGUACGUCAUGAUCAACAGCAUCUUCGAAGCCAUUUUACAGAUUCUCUCCCUCACCCCCAGCAGAGUGCAGCACGGGUACGACGCCGUGGUCCUCCUGGCGCUCCUGGUCAACUACAGGAAAUACGAGUCUGUGAAUCCCUACAUUGUAAAGCUGUCCAUAGUGGACGAUGAGACAACUCUCGAUGGAAUGGGGCUGGUGAUCUCUCAGGCUCUGACGGAGUAUAACAGGCAGUACAAAGACAAGGAGGAAGAAAACCAGGGAGGCUUCUUCUCUGCCUUCACCAACAUGGUUGGCAGUAUGUUCAUCGCCGAUGCCGAGGAGAAGCUCUCCGUGCAGACCAAUGAGGCCAUUCUCCUGGCCCUGUACGAGGCCGUGCACCUCAACCGAAACUUCAUCACUGUGCUCGCACAAAGCCACCCCGAGAUCGACAUCGCAACCACGCCCAGCACCCCUGUCCCCACCACACCCACCACACCACUGGGCACGACUCCACCCUCCCUCGACAUGAUGAACUCUCCAGAGCUGCCCCUGGACCCAAACCUCCAGACGAGUAACCUGCUCAUCACCUUCCUCAAAUACUCGUCCAUCGUCAUGCAGGACACCAAAGAUGAACACAGACUCAACAGUGCCAGACUCUGCCUCAUCAUCCUCACCUGUAUCGCAGAGGACCAGUAUGCCAACGCCUUCCUCCACGAUGACAACAUGAAUUUCAGAGUCAACCUGCACAGAAUGCCCAUGAGACACAGGAAAAAGGCAGCUGACAAGAACAUCCCCUCCAGACCCCUCGUGUGUGCGGUUCUAGAUCUGAUGGUGGAGUUCAUUGUCACUCACAUGAUGAAGGAGUUUCCCAUGGACCUCUACAUGCGGUGUGUGCAGGUGAUCCACAAGCUGAUCUGCUAUCAGAAGAAAUGCAGAAUCAGACUGCAUUACACCUGGAGAGAGCUCUGGUCAGCGCUCAUUAACCUCCUGAAGUUCCUCUUGUCCAACGAGACCACCCUGCUGGCCAAACACAACAUCUUCCAGUUGGCGUUGAUGGUGGUGAACUUGUUUAACAUGUUCAUAACAUAUGGGGACACCUUCCUGCCAACGCCCAGCAGCUACGACGAGCUCUACUACGAGAUCGUCAGGAUGCACCAGGUCUUUGACAAUCUCUACUGCAUGGUGCUCAGAGUUUCCACCAAUGCCGGCCAGUGGAAGGAGCCUGCCAGCAAAGUCACUCAUGCGCUGGUCAAUGUCAGGGCCAUCAUCAACCAUUUCAACCCCAAGAUUGAGUCCUACGCCGCUGUGAACCACAUCUCUCAACUGUCUGAAGAUCAGGUUCUGGAAGUGGUACGCUCCAACUACGACACACUCACCCUGAAGCUGCAAGAUGGACUGGACCAGUAUGAGCGCUACUCAGAGCAGCCCAAGGAGGCGGCCUUCUUCAAAGAACUGGUCCGCUCCAUCAGUCUGAACGUACGGAAGAACGUCUCCCUGAACACUCUGAGCCAGGACGUCCUGCUCAAGGAGUUCUCCUCCAUAUCCUGAGAGGGGGUGCUCCCCCCACCCCGGCUUGCCUCCCUCCUCCUCUCCUUCCCCUUUGCUUGUCCUGGAUGAUGUCAUCUUCCUCAAACCUGCUGGUCUGAAACUCCUCUCACACGCCUUGCACUCUGCUCCGCUAGGGGGGCGCUAGCAGGCGCCACCUGCCCUGCCCGUGUCCAUGUGAGAGGGGUGGGCAGCAAGUGCUGAACAAGAAGGCUGUGUCACCUGACACUGUACUUAUAAGUGUUACUGUUGAACUGAUCCCUGUUAAUCAAGACCCUACUGAUGAAGACACUUUUGAUUUGGUUUAGGUUUUUCCUUUCGUUUGACGACCUCGCGGUUGCCUGCCGGCGCUGUUAUUCCGGGAGGCACCGGGGGACUCCGACCUGAAGGGCUUUUGCGUUUGCUGCAUAUUUAACCAGAUCCCUUUUUGUGGUGACAGGAGACAAAUGUAGAGGCUUAGCUGAAGAGCACCGCGCAACGCUCCAGAUGACAGCCGAAAUUGUCCCCCCCCCUUACAUCUGCUGUAGAUCAGGAGUAGCUGACUGAUUCAUUUAGUGUUCCUCAGACAUAGGGGGGGAGGGUAUUAAAGAUGCAUUUUUACUGACAAGCUGGGCCUUGGGGAGGGGGGAGGCUUGGUCACCCGCUGUUGGCUGAGAGUUGUAACAGAGACCACUGCGCUCAGAUCAGCGGGCAGCUCACAGCACAACUGCAACCCCCAUGGAGAGCUGACCUGAGGAACAGAAGCUGGACCCUGGCCCACUUCUCCUCCCCUCUGCUCUGUCGAACCCUUGGAUCUCCC